AUGCAAACAAUUCAUAAAGUGGAUGGAUUUACUGAAAUCUAUUUCAUGGUUGAUAAAAGAAAAAAAGGUUGGAUUACUAUGCCAGAGUUACGAAAGUAUAUGGAAGAGAAUGAUGUGGAUGAAAAGAUGUUUGAGCGUUGGAAAACUCUAUUUGAUCCUGAAUCUACUGGUCGUAUAACAUUGGAAAAAUUCUCUGAAGUAUUAGGUUUACAAGAAGAAGUUAUAAAUAUUCAAACUGCUAUUCAAGGAAAUGAAAUGCACGAUGUAAAUGUUAUACAAUCAGAUAUGAAUACAAAAAUGAAAUUGACUAUUUGUGGACUAAUUGAUGAAGGGAUAUUGAUUUAUCAUGAUGAUUUGAAAUUAGUUGAGUUCUUGAAAGAUGAAUUGGAUAAGUAUUUUGGAAAGUUAUGGAAUGUAAUCAUCAUCUAUGGUCGAUACUGGUCACGUUAUUGUCAUGAAACAGGUUAUAAUUUUUGUUUUAUCAAAGACGACCGUAUAUUCCUAGUAUACAAGAUUCCGGAUAUAUAA